AUGGAGGACCGCGAAUACCCGCGCCAGAUGUCGCUGGUGCCGUACGUGCCAGCCGAGUCGCGGGAGAUUGUUUUACGCCAUGGCGCCGCUGUCGUGGUAUACGACCAGCUCUCCCGGCAGCUUUCCCUCCGCGAUGCCUCGCACUCGGCCGAUAUGGAAAACCCCUCCUGUCCGUACUGCCACCGCCCAUACCGCGAGGACCUGCCCACCGACAGCGAUGACGGCGACGAGCACGAACACGGGCAGUACCAGGAUGCGCAAGCCGGCUUCGUCAACCCUGGGUACUUCCAGAUGCUGCGCCGUAGCCAGCCCAGCUCCGCAGAGGUUUCGCGCCCGUCGUCGCCGCAUAAACAGCUGGCACCAGCGCCCAUAAGCGGCGUGGGCGGCCAACUACAUGCGCCUGAAGGCGCCGAAUUUGUGGGCAGCACGCCAGCAACGCAGAAGCAACACAACAUCUCGAAGCAUGCUUUCAGUCCCAACUACUUCAAAACCUUCUUUGUAGAAGAGCGCGAACUGGGAAGAGGUGGGAAGGGUGUCGUCUUGUUGGUACGCCACGUGCUGGAUAAGGUCGAUCUAGGCGUAUUCGCAUGUAAGCGGGUGCCAGUGGGCGAUGACCACGAAUGGCUGGAGAAGGUUCUGAUCGAGGUGCAGCUACUGCAAAACCUCUCACACCAGAACCUCGUUUCUUACCGGCAUGUAUGGCUCGAGGACUACAAAAUCAACACCUUUGGUCCUAGCGUUCCAUGUGCGUUCAUCUUGCAGCAGUAUUGCAAUGGGGGCGAUCUGCACAGCUAUAUUCUGGGCGGAAUGGGCAAGACGAUGAGCACGGAGCAGCUCAAGGAGCGCCUGAGGAGGCGAUCCAAAGGGCAGAUGGAAGAUCCUCAGAAUCUGAACGGGCCGCGAAGAAUGCACUUCGAAGAGAUCAUAUCGUUUUUCAAGGACAUUACGUCUGGGCUGAACCACCUACACGCGAACGGGUACAUCCAUCGGGACCUCAAGCCAAGCAAUUGCUUGCUGCACAACACUGGGCGAAAGGUUCGCGUUUUGGUCAGCGAUUUUGGAGAAGUACAGGCUGCGAAUGUUACGAGGAAGAGCACCGGUGCUACGGGCACCAUAUCGUACUGCGCGCCUGAAGUGCUGCGGCAUGUGAUGCCACAGGGGCCCCUUGGCAACUUCACCACCAAAUCGGACAUCUUCUCCCUAGGAAUGAUAGUCUACUUCAUGUGCUUUGCGCGGCUACCGUACCAAGAGGCGGAUGGCAUUGACGAGGAUAACGAGGAUUUGGAUAAGCUUCGAGCUGAGAUUUCCGAAUGGGUUGGUUUCGACGAUGAAAGAAGGGUUCGCACAGAUCUGCCUGAGAAACUGUAUCGUUCUCUCAAACAUCUACUCGCGUUAAAACCAGACGAGCGACCCACAACAGAAGAGAUUUUGCGCGCUUUAAAAACGCCCUCUCUUCUCGACGAGUUCAGCGGCUUCGCUGGCCCUUCUAGCCUGGAUGAUGUGGGCAGCAGGAUAUCGAGAGCAGACACUCCGACUCCGGCUCCCUCACCCGCUCAUCGAAAAAGAAGUUCAGUACAGUAUGCCCGCCCAGGUCGUUCAAAACUAAGUCACAACGCCUCGGUUACAGGCCACACUUCGCCCAGUCCACCACCCCCGGAAAUCGAAAAUGAGCGAGCCACUACACCUCCAGACUCAGCAGGGUCCGUCAUCUUGCGCCCACGCAAAGCCGAUCUACCGCCACCACUAUCCACCCACCGUCACCGUAGCCCCUCAUCAGGGCUAUCCCCGCGUCUUAUGCUCCCACCACCUCCGCCUCGUAACCUUCACACACGCUUCUCCACCCUUCUACAUAAUCCGACCUUUGUCAGUAUUGCUAAGAUAUCCCUGUUCAUUGCAAAAGCAUUCUCGUUGUUUAGUCCUUGUCAGCCAUACGCGACGGAUCCAUGGGUAGUGUAUCCGUUGCUCUGCUUCGCUUCUUUGGACUUCUUGCUUCUGGGAUUCGGCUUCAGGUUUCGGGGCCAAUAUAGGGGACUUGGAGGUCUGGCAGGGUCGCUCCUACUGUUUCUGUUGCAUGCAGCAGUCGUUGGAAUGCUGAUGAAGUGGAAUAGGCUGUGCUUGAGGCGAGUUGCUUGGGCGGAGCAGGAGAUUGGAGGUUAUCGGGAUGUGGACGGGAUCAUGAAGCUUCCGUGGGAGCCCGAACAUCACGCCAGCGGUGAUCCCCACGAGCUUUUCAUCUUCACAUCAAGCAGCCUAUCGGCCCACAAGAUGUAUCUCAUCAACUUCCUCCUCGCGUAUCUCGGCUUUCUCGCCACCUAUACCGCCGCCAUCCCUUCUCGACCCGACCCCGCCGACGACCGCGGCGACUUCUGCGCAACCGCAUACGGCUAUCUCCUCCCCGAGGGUGUAAAUAUCUACAAGAACACGUGCGGCAGCAUCAGCUCGAACCCGUCCGCCACUGUCACCAAUGCCCAGAAUGUCAAUUGCGUUACGUGCUGGUUCUUUGCAGGUGAUAACUGCGGGGGCGACGUCGUGUGGUACGGUCUGGUUGCGCCAAAGGAGAAGAUCUAUUUCAACCCGGCAAGGAGCUAUGUCUGCAGGAAGUGA